ACAUUCUCUGCAGUCUGCAGUAAAACAUGGCGUCACUGGAAAGUGGUCAGAGUCGAGAAACUUCGUGGCUGUGAAACAGUUCAUGAAACCAGGCGGCUCACGACGACGUCUUCAUCACAACCUAUACCCGCUAUCUUUCAAAAACAUGCCUCGGAAAAAGCCAUUCAGCAACAAGCAAAAGAAGAAGCAGCUGCAAGACAAACGGGAGCGAAAGCGAGGUGACAUAGGCUCGGGACCAAGUAGCCGCAAUGCCAGCGUGGAGCGGGAGGCGGACCGACAGUCGGACACGUCAGACAGCGAGACCACUGACAUCCGCAGGAUCAACCAGCAGCCCUUCGGCCGAGAGGGAAGACACGAUCCUAAUAGGUUUCGUCUUCACUUUGAAAAGGAGAGCAAAGAGGAAGUAGAGAAGCGAAAGAAGAUGGCCCAGGAGAAGAUCCUGCUGCCCGUCUCCGACAAACAACUGGAAAUCGGCGUCGAGGACAUCUACCCGCCAGAAAGAGGCCUGGGUUUCCCACGACGGCCACCCUGGAACUAUGAGAUGAGCCGAGCCGACUUGCUGAGGAAAGAGGAGAAGUCAUACAAGCGGUACCUGGACGACCUGCGGUCCAGAAACCCGCUCGGAUCCCUCAGCCAUUUUGAGCACAACCUGGAGACAUGGAGGCAGCUGUGGCGAGUGUUAGAGAUGUCAGAUGUCGUCCUGCUCAUUGUGGACAUCCGGCACCCGGUUCUGCAGUUCCCCCCCGAGGUGUACCGCUACAUCACCGGCGAGCUGAAGAAGCACAUGGUAUUGGUUCUGAACAAAGUGGACUUGUGUCCGCCCCCCCUGGCGAUCGCUUGGAAGCAUUAUAUGACGUCGCAGUUCCCACAGCUGCGCGUUGUCUGCUUCACCUCCCACCGCGGGCAGGCCUACAGCACAGUGCUCCAGAAGAAACGGAUGAAGCGCAAGACCGACUGGAGCCACGGCGGUGGUCCUGCGGAGAUCCUGAAGUCCUGUCAAGAGAUCACGGCAGGCCGAGUCGACCUGUCCAACUGGGAGUGCAAGAUCCAGGCCGACAUCGUUGCCGAGCAACAGGGAGAGGAGGGGCCGGACGAGCAGGUCGAGUCGGUGCUGGUCGAGCAUCAGAGCGAUAGUGCCCUGGAGAUGAGUAACCCGGCGCAGGAGCUGUACAAGGAUGGCGUCCUCACCCUGGGUUGCAUCGGAUUCCCAAAUGUUGGCAAGUCGUCCGUCAUCAACAGCCUGGUUGGCCGGAAGGUGGUGAGCGUGUCACGCACCCCGGGCCACACCAAAUAUUUCCAGACCUAUUACCUCACCUCCACCGUCAAACUCUGCGACUGCCCAGGCCUCAUCUUCCCCUCCCGUGUCGAUAAACAGUUGCAGAUUCUGGCCGGCAUCUACCCGGUGUCGCAGUUGCAGGAGCCGUACAGCUCGGUGGGUUAUCUGUGCGAGAGGACCCCCUUCCUCUCCGUGCUGAAGCUCAAGCAUCCAAACUUGGAAGAAGGCGACAGCCGGCAAGGAGAGCGCCUUUCGGAUGAGGAGCCCUGGACUGCCUGGGAUGUUUGCGAGGCAUGGGCUGAGCGGAGAGGAUACAAGACGGCAAAAGCGGCCCGAAACGAUGUAUACCGGGCGGCCAACAGCCUCCUGAGGUUAGCCACUGAUGGCCGCCUUUGCCUGUGCUUCCGACCGCGCGGCUACAGCUGCCUGAGAGAGCAUUGGGAAAGCCACACUGACAUCCCGAAGAUUCUGGCCUUGCAAGGACGGACGUCGGAGGAGGACACCGCGGGCAAGAGGGACGACGAAGAGGACAGCGAAUCUAGCACCGAGCCCGAGGAAGAGAGAGAUCGGGACGCGGACGACGACGAAGAAGACGAAGACGAGGGCUUUAGGCGGCUCGGGUCAAAGCGGCGGACCGUUUCCGGCUUGGCGGGCAACAAGUUUCAUGUUCUCCAAUGUGAGUGAAGGGAAGGAGCUUGGGGGACUUCUUUGGCUCUGGUGUCUUCCUCACUGGCCGCUCGAGGCGCGUUCCGUCUUGUGUGUCAUGACCCUCUUCAAUGCAGACGUUUGUGCAAAGCACAAAGCCGCCACGAUCAUUGUCUUUUCGGCAGGAUUGUCGGCCGAGGACGCUAGUUGGCUUGCUCGCUGAGGAGGCUAGUUAGCGUGCCCGCUGAGGACACUAGUUAGCGUGCCCGCUGAGGACGCUAGUUAGCCUGCCCGCUGACGACGCAACGCGGACUCCGUUCCUGUACUCCGACAAAGCCACUAGAUAACAGAAGGUACUGAACAAAAUCACCUCUGGGCUUCUUGCCUCUUUCAUUUGUUACUUGCCAGAGCUCUGUCAAUCAAAUUGAGAGUUAGCUUCAUUUCCUGAUAUUUGCACACCGGCGCCCCUGAUUGAUGGAGAAAAUAUUUUUCUACUCCAUGCUGUGCCUCACCUCUGCUUGUUAAUGCACAAAGCUUCUCCUCCUGAUGUCGGGCAGUCGUGUGGCUUGUGUUUUUUUAGGUGUGUUCUCACAGCAGGGAACAAAACUUUUGUCUGUCCGGCUCAGCAAUGGCGCUUGUCUCAAAAAGGUUUAAGUGAAAUGGCGAGCGCUCCUUGGCCGCAGUCGACAGAUUCGUUAUUAUAAUUGCAGGGUGUUCUAAAGUGUGAAGGCCAGUUGUCUGUUUUGAUGCUUGGAACGGUCCUUUCUUGGUUCCAGAAUCUCUUCAAUGGACCGCUUUCUGCAAUAAACCGGGAGUGUCCGAAACCU